ACUAUCACCAGUGUUCGGCUACAUUCCGCUCAGGAAGGACGUCCAAAUUUGGUGAUUAAAUCAUCACUGAAAUUGGCGAUAUUUUACCUUCCCAGGAGACAUGGCAGGGGAGACCAGCCGAGGGUUGAGGGUGUGUCUGCGUCACAUGGCUCUGCUCCGAAGAUCUCCUCCUCUCAUCUCCUCGCUCCAAAACACCAGAUCCUUCAGUUCAAUCAGGGAAGUGAAGCGCAGAGGUCUGGUCUGGAAGACUCUGCUGGGUUUCUCUGUGGGCGUCCCUGUGGCGGCGGGCGUUCACUACGCUGCGUCGGAGCCUCGAGACAGGAGGAGGACGAAGAUCCUGAUCCAAGGAAUCACUCGCUUCUGCAGAUCUCUGUCUGUGGGACUCUCUAUCUCCGGGGACUACUGGUGGACGACCAACGUGUCUCUGAGGGGACAAGAUGAGAGCAGCACAUCGUAUGUCUCUGAGAUGUCGGCCUGCCACCAGAGGGCAGCAGAGUGCAUGGUGAGAGGAGCCAUCAGAAACGGGGGGAUUUACAUCAAACUGGGCCAGGGUCUUUGUUCCUUCAACCACCUUCUGCCGCCCGAAUACAUCCGGACCCUGCAGGUCCUCGAGGAUAAGGCUCUGAGCCGGAGGUCCAGAGAGGUGGACGCUCUCUUUCAAGAAGACUUCAGUAAAACCCCGCAGCAGAUUUUCAAAUCUUUUGACCCUGAACCCAUCGCGGCUGCCAGCCUGGCGCAGGUCCACAGAGCGGAGCUGUUCGACGGGACUCCUGUCGCUGUGAAGGUGCAGUACAUCGACCUCAGGGAUCGCUUCGAUGGUGAUAUCCGGACUUUGGAGGUCCUGAUGGAUAUUAUUAAAUUCAUGCACCCCAGCUUUGGAUUCAGAUGGGUUCUAAAGGACUUGAAGGGCACGUUGGCUCAGGAGCUGGACUUUGAGAACGAGGCCAGGAAUUCAGAGCGGUGUGCAGAGGAGCUCAAACACUUCAGCUUCGUCGUCAUACCCAAAGUGUUCUGGGAGCACACGACUAAGAGAGUUCUGACGGCAGAGUUCUGCGACGGAUGCAAAAUCAACGACGUGGAGGAAAUAAAAAGACAAGGACUGAGUCUGAAGGAUACGGCAGAUAAACUGAUCCAAACGUUCGCUGAGCAGAUCUUCUACACCGGCUUCAUCCACGCUGACCCUCACCCCGGAAACGUGCUGGUGAGACGGGGUCGUGACAACAAGGCAGAGUUGGUGCUUCUGGACCACGGCCUGUACGAAUACCUCAGUCCACACGACAGAGCGGCUCUCUGUAAACUGUGGAGGUCAAUAGUCCUGCGGGAUGAAGCCGCCAUGGAGAGGCACUCCAGAGCCCUGGGGGUCAAAGAGUACCUGCUGUUCAGCGAGAUGCUUCUUCAGCGGCCGAUCAACAUGCAGGAGUUCGGCCUGUCGAACAUCCUGAGUGGGGAGGAGACGGCCUACAUGCGUCAGAUGGCCCUGCAGCGCUUCGACAGCAUCAUGGCCGUCCUGAAGGCCAUGCCUCGACCCAUGCUGCUCGUCUUCAGAAACAUCAACACGGUGCGGAGCAUCAACAUCAGCCUGGGGGCGCCGGUGGACCGCUACUGCGUCAUGGCCAAGACUGCUGUUCGGGGCUGGGGGCGGCUGCAGGCUGACACCACGGGGGGGCUGUCGAGGAUCAGGGUCUUCCGCUGGGUGAGGACGUCGUGGGAGGGCCUCAAGUUUGAAAUGGCUUUAAGGUGGGAGAUGGCCUCGAUGAGUCUGACGCGCUCCUUCCUCAGUUUGCUGUCGUACUGUGGUCUGAUUUCUCUCGACGCAGAGAUGUACGAGUACCUGAGGUAGUACAUGUGAAGCAAGAGAGGAUCAAGACGGACAUAUUCCAAAUACAAGAAGCCUUUACCUGGAAAAGCUGCUGGUGACGGUGCUCCUGGACUUUUUUUUAAAAAUACGGGUGAUUCAAAUUGCAGGACUGAAGUACCGAACUCACUCCAGAGCAGAAAACAGCCUUAGUUUUUAAUCAAUUUUCUUUCAAUCCAUUUUAUUAUAAUCUUUAGCACAGCAAAUUAUUUUAUCUUACAUUUUAGUAAAUAUUGGUGAUAUUUAUUCUGUCAGAUUCUAUAUUUUGAGGCGACAUCCUGGCUAAGCAAUGCUUUCAGUGAAGGUAAUGUACUGUAGGUUUAAUAACUAUAAUUUAGUUGCAAUAACAAGCUACACGACGACAAAUGGCGCCUUCACUGUUUCUCAUGGAUUGUCCUGAAAUAUUUCAAUAUGAGACGUGACUGCAGCUUUAAUGACAGAAAUACACAUUAUAAAUUGUUAUUAUUGAUCAAGCUGUGGUACAAUAACACAUAUAUCUUUCUGAUGCUGCUGAAAAGUCCAGUGCCGUUUGAAGAAAUGUUUCUAACAAUUUUAAUUAAAAUGUUCUACCUCUUUAAGGCAUCACUGUGAUUAUCACUCAGACGUUAUCUGUAACUCUUGUGAAUUAAAUUGCCUAAAAAAAA